UCUCCCGUCCCUGCCUGGAAGCCUGGAGCAGGGCGGCCUCAGGAGCCGGAUGGAAAACUUCCAGAGAGGCUGAAAUUUCCACAGGUAAAUAAUCUUGAUGAAAACGGAGAUGAAUCCAGUUUUAAUUUAGAGCAAUAUACAUGAAGAUAAAUGAAAAUGCCUCUAGAAGAGCAUGAGCAAUUCUUAUCCUACAAUGGAGAAGUCCUUGUAUUUCAUCUGUCAAAACCAAAACAUGUGGAGCAAACAGGUGAAAAAACAAUGGGUUUAUUUGUCAGAAGAAUGGCAUUCAACAGAGACACCAACCUGUUUGUUCAGAAAUCUUCUGGAGUAUUCAACAUGAGUUCCAGUCACUUAAAAACUGAGAUAAUUUGUUGUAGCUGCACAACGGAUUCUAGAACAGGAAUUAUCCUUCCCUGCAUUUUGAUGAAAAAGAAAAAAAGGAAUAACGUGGUUGAAUACCUUCUAUUGUUGCUUCACAGCUCAAAUCAGUUUGAACAGUCCUUUCAUUUUAAACUGGAUUAUGAGCUGAAAGAAGACAUCAGGUUGUUUGCUGGCCCUUCAGUCUUGUGGAGGCAUGCCAACAAGCUGUUCUACAUCUCUUCAGACACCUGCACGGUUCUAAGUGUUCCUGUUCAGGUUUCUUCUGUUGUUUGGACAGGUGAAAUUGUGGACGAAGGCACUGUUGUUUUAGGGAUAAGAACUGCGUGCCUGUCAGAGAGUGAAGAUGAGGAUGAGUUUUCCACUUCAGACAGAGCCAUCUGGGGUACUGAAUUCUUUGCAUAUGCAAUAGAAACACAAAAAAUGCUAACUGGCACAAGCUUCAUGCCUCAUGCUUAUGGCAGAGUGGUGUCUUCUGUCUAUGUCUGCAAGAAUGAAAUGUUGAAAAAACGGCUCAGAGUAUCACUUGUUGCCAUAACUCACAAGAAUCAGUUUAUUUGGUUCCAAGAUGGUGUCCCGAAAGGUGUUUGUGAACUUCCCUAUGAAAAACCAUGUUCAGUAAAAACGGCUGUAACCAGUAGCAGUGAUUUGCUAUUUAUUGUGUCUUUCGCCUCUGGAAAUGUCUGUGUGGUACAAAGGAAAGACAGCUUACAGGUGGCUUCCAAAUGGCAAGAAGUGAGGUCUGUUCUGGUGGAUGAUUUUGUUGGCUCUGGAAGUGAGCAACUGUUACUGCUUUUUAAGGAUGACUCCAACACAGAAGUGCUAAGUACAUUCAAAAUAACAGAUCUUGGAGCGGUCAACUAUGCAAGUGGUAUUAAUUAUAAACAUGAUGUUCCUGCUGCAGAAGGACUGCAGGAGAAUGGUUUGCUUACUGUUCAAGCCCUUGAAGCAAGAUUACAGGCUGGUUACACCUCUGUUCGAGAGCUACAACAGCAUUUAAGACUGAAAAAGAGGGUUAUUCUUGAAUCUUGCAAAGCAUUAAUAGAUCUUGUUGAAGAAAGAGCCCAUGUUCUGCCAGCUGCAAAAGAGGAAGGUCUUGUCUCUCUCUGGGAUGAUGUAGAAAAUCCUCCUCAUUCUCUUAGUAAAGAGACACCAUUGGCAUCUAAAGUUCCAGAGCGCUUCAUAGAGAAAUUGUGGCAGCGUGUUGUGGGUGACAGCUUGGUAGUUGGAGUACAGCUAACUGAGUCGUAUUACUUGUCACUGAGUGAUGUCAGCCUGUCUUUAGUGCUGGAGCGAGGCUUCUCAUCAAUUUCUCCAAUCAUCAAAUGUCAAAAUAAAAUCAUUAAGCUGAACAGAGCCUUCUCAGCAUCGUCUGUCUCCUUGUGUCAAAUCGAGCCUCCUCCAAAAAAGAUUAAAUUGGACUUACAUAGCAAAAAUGAUCUGAAGGAAGAGUUUAAGGGAUGCUCAAGAGUUCAGCUGGAUGGUACAAAGACAGUGACUGCUGUUACCAGCCUUUCACCUCUGCUGGCAUUUCAUCGUGUUUGUUGCAUAGUUCUACUCCAUGCAAAGAAACAAAAACGUUGGAAUGAUAGUUUACAGGAAAGCAAAAAGAUUACUGUAGUCUGUGGGAAAAUUUUGUUAAGUCUGGAUGAUAUUUCAAAUGGAAAAUAUUCGGUCAAGAUGCUGAGGGAUAAUAGCUACUGUACAGGUUCCAUGGAAGAUAUACUCGCUGUCCUUGCAGCAUCUGUCAGAUUCUCCUUUCAGAUAGUGUCUUCUGACUGCACAGUGACUCCAGUAAAUUCAUGGUUACUGGGAGAAAUGGAGUGCAUACCAUUUAAGGAAUGCCAUAACAAUGUAUUCUGUCAUAAAGUAGGAAAUGUGUAUGGUACAAUUUUUAACUGGACCAUGAAAAAUCCAUUUGAAGGACUUCUAACAUUAUUUUGCAGAAACCUGACUGUCUUAUUUCAGUGCCUUCACAGCCUUAUUAGAGUUCUCCCACCAAGCUGUGAUGUAAAGCUACUGAGAUCUGGAAGUAAAAGUGUACUUACUGAACGGUUAGCACUGGCUUUGGAAGAAGAAAUGCUCACCUUGAGGAAUUCUUUCUUAAAAGAAUUAAAAGAAAGUAAAGCUGUAAACAGCCUCACAUGGGGGAAUGAGCCCAGCAAGAAAAUCAGUGAUGCUCCUGUGGCUUCUUUACUGGACAGCACGGAAGGACUUCAGCAAUUCAGAAAGAAGCUUCAGAAUGAACGGGAAGAGGGUGUGCUAAGUAUGAAUCAGACAAUGACUGGUGCCCUCUACCAAGAAACUGCUCUGAAAAUAGCAGCAGCUCAGAUAAGUUCAGAUAUGCUUGUGUGGAGACUGUGCAAGUCCUAG